UUCUUCUCUUUCUAGUUUUUCUUAUAAUUCAAACUUUCGAAUAUUAUCCCAUGUGAUGAUUUAAUGGAGCUUUGCCUUGUCUUAUGAGUGUGUGUUGAGGGACUUAGUAAUCGAUUGGCUGAAGUGUUAAUCCUUCUGGAGCAUUAUUGAAUUAAAAUGGUUUCUUUUGUUCAUUGUGAGUUUUUGUAACACUUCAAAUUCAACAACAUUGUAAAACCCUCUUCACUGCUCAAAACUCGAGAUAUCGUUCUGUGUUGAGGGUGGUAUUGUAAGGAACAUCAGAUUGUUAUAGAGCAGAGGGAACAUAUCAAAAUUUGUUGGAGGACUUAUACAAUUGAAUAGGAGGCUUUAGACAAACUUGGUCUGGAGUGAAUUUUGGUAGAAGUGAAUACAAAGUAAAUGUAUGGAUCGGAGGGAAGCUAUGGCAUUACGUGGAUCAGCUUCCUAUUAUGUGCAGAGAGGGAUGCCUGGAUUACAACAAAGUGCACAAUUUGAAUCAAAUUUUGGGGGCAGCUCAACUGUCUCAACAUUACCAGCUGAGCCUUCAUUGACAAUUCCACCUCAUAGAGUUAAUGUUGGUGCACCAUCUGCUGUGCCACCGGGUGGGCCUGUGCGAAGAAAGAGGGGAAGGCCUCGCAAAUAUGGACAUGAUGGAACAGUGGCAUUGGGAUUUGGUCCAUCUUCAGCUAUACCUCCGGUGAAGUUAACACCAAUUCAGAAGCGGGGUCGGGGGCGGCCACCAGGGACUGGGAGAAAGCAACAAUUAGCUUCUGUUGGUCAAUGGCUGUCUGGUUCGGCUGGGAUGGGUUUUACUGCACAUAUCAUUACUAUUGCUGUGGGAGAAGACAUCACAACAAAGAUAAUGUCAUUCUCACAGCAAGGUCCUAGAGCUAUAUGUGUCCUGUCAGCCAAUGGGGCCAUCUCCACUGUGACUCUUCGUCAGCCAUCAACUUCUGGCGGCACAGUCACAUAUGAGGGGCAUUUUGAGAUAUUGUGUCUGUCAGGCUCUUAUUUGCCCACUGAUAAUGGUGGCCCCCAUGGCCGAACUGGUGGUCUUACUGUCUCCCUGGCGAGUCCUGAUGGCUGUGUCAUUGGUGGUGGUGUUGGGGGAGUGCUAAUAGCAGCUAGCCUUGUUCAGGUAACUUCCUAUGAAUUGCUGUAGCAUUUUAACUACUGGCUGUUCCUUAUCGUAAUUCUCAUACCUCAGAAUUGCCAUUUCGUUUCUAUAGAAGUGGAGGAUUUAAGUACUUAGGAAAUGUUUUUGCAAAGUUGUCCCAUUUCCACAACUUCUCUGUACAAGGCCUUGCCUUUAAUGCCUUCAUCUAGACUAGGGAAAGACUAAAAACAAUACCAAAAAGAAACGAAGUUUUAAUUUCAGUAGGAUAAUGUUUGUUUAUGAUGUAAACCUUGGACGGUUAGCCAGCACAAGCAGAUUCAAUAGAGUACAUAAUGAAGUUUUCUUUCUGAGCCCAAGUGGAUGAUGAAUGCUUCAGGUGAUAGUGGGGAGCUUCUUGUACUGUAGUUCAAAGAAAAAGAACAAGACUGGGGAAACAC